CCUCAGGGCUGACCCUCAGCCUCAUCCCUCAGGGCUGAUUCUGAGCCCCAUCCCUCAGGGCUGACCCUCAGCCCCGUCCGUCAGGGCUGAUUCUCAGCCUCAUCCCUCAGGGGUGACCCUCAGCCUCAUCCCUUAGCCCCAUCCCUCAGGGCUGACCUUCAGCCCCGUCUCUUAGCCCCGUCCCUAAGGGCUGACCCUCAGCGCCGUCCCUCAGCCCCAUCCCUCAGGGCUAACCCUCAGCCCUGUCCCACAGCCCCAUCCCUCAGGGCUGACCCUCAGCCCCAUCCCUCAGGGCUGACCCUCAGCCCUGUCCCACAGCCUCAUUCCUCAGGGCUGAUUCUCAGCGCCAUCCUUCAGCCCUGUCCGUCAGCCCAGUCCCUCAGCCCCAUCCCUCAGGGCUUACCCUCAGUCCUGGCCCUCCGGGCUUCACCUCAGGGCUGACCCUCAGCACCAUAUUUCAGCCCCAUCCUUCAGUCCUAUCCCUCAGGGCUGACCCUCAGCCCCAUCCUUUAGCCUUAUCCCUCAGGGCUUCACCUCAGGGCUGACCCUCAGCCCCCAAAUUUGGAGUAAUCAAUCCAUUGCUGCCUGUUAAGAUUCAGCAAAGAAAUGAAAAGGAGUUUAGCUGACACCUCGGCUCGCAGCACAGCAGGUUGUCUGCCUGUACCACUGUUCAAUCAGAAAAAAAGAACUAGACAGCCCAUCACUUCAAAUCCACUUAAAAAUGAACCAGGUACUGGUUCUGGGACUCGUAGUUAUGACUUCUCUCCCUCAUCAUUCGGCUGGGGAACUGCAAACCCAGAAGUGGAUGAGCUACAGACAGCAGCAAACAGUGGCCAAGCAGAACAUCCGAUGGCUCCUUCCCUUAUGAAACCACCAAAUGCAUCAAAGUUUAAUUUAGCAAAUGCUGGGAAAAACUUGUCUGCCUGCAGGAACAGGAAUGAAUAUACUCCUUUAGGUAACACAGCAAAUUCAAGAUCUGAUAAUGGAACUUCUCGAAAGUUUGAGAACUUUUCAAGCAAUUUGAAAACUGUCCAGCAGCAAAAACACCCUGACAGUCAUAACCCAUCCCAGCUCAUCAAACCAGACACAUCCAAAGGACAGUGGCCAGUGAAAACCAGCACUGUGGCAAGAAACCUGCAGGAUCACAGUCCAGCAUAUAAAUUUAACUACAAUACUCAGCAAAAUAAAAUGAAUGAAAACCAAUUUGCUUGUGUCCCAGAAGAUAAAAGUCAGGAAAUUUCAUCAUCUCAAGUAAAAACAAAAAUAAAAAAGAAUUCUUUGCGAAUCCUGUCUGCAGUCAUUCAAAGUGUGAGGCACUGGAGCCAAUAUACCUAUAAAACUCCACUGUUAUUUGAAGUUCUAGGCACUCUGGAUUCUGCAGUCACACCUGGAGCAAAAGGGGCAAAGAACUUUCUUCUGAGAGAUGGAAAGGAGACCCUGCCUUGCGUGUUUUAUGAAAUUGACCGUGAGCUUCCACGACUCAUUAGAGGUCGAGUGCACAGGUGCAUGGGAACUUAUGAUGCAAAAAGGAACAUUUUCAAGUGCGUCUCUGUAAGACCAGCAACUGCUCAAGAACAGAACACUUUCCAAGACUUUGUUAAAAUUGCAGAUGUUGAGAUGACAGCAUAUGUAAAAACUAUAAAUGAAAUGUAA